AUGGCACCCUCAAAGGAUCAGCUCAUGGAGACCGCCGCCCAGGCCCAGCUCGACUUGAACACGUACCAGUCCAAGACAGGUGCUGCGCGCCCCCAGGGCAACGACGACGCCGGUGUCUCCUCCAUCCAGACCGAGAACCGCUUCCCUGGCGCAUCGGUCAGCAUACAGGGCGACCCCACCAACAACGUCUCCUACAAACCCGAGCAGCCGCCCAAGAACCCGGCUGAGAAUGACGACGAUGUCGUCCCCGCCAAGAAGAUUUCGUCCCUUGGCACCCAGGAUCAGAAGGGCGAUAUCUUGCUUCAGGGCGAGGGCGCCGUGAGGAAUAAUAUCGGCACCAAGGCGCCUUGUGUUGGUGGCGAGAAGUUCCGCGGUUCGGACUAUUAUGUUCCUGAGAGCGUGCCGGAUAGCAUCUCUGCCGAGGGGAAUAUUGCACCUGAGAGCGUGACACAGGCAUCUGCUGAGGCUGAGAACCCUCGGUGA